GUAAUCUUUACACUCUGCUCUCCAGCAGGAACUGACGUUUGUGUCUACGACUACAUGAGCAAAUUUUCCAGCUGGAGGAAAAUGUCCAGCGUCAAAGAUCGGAGAGUCUGAAGGCACCUGUUGUAAAGUUCCUGUCGAACCCAGUGGUCUCCCCAUGUACAUAGCAAGGCAAAGCUGACACCAUGGCCCACAUAUCCAGUGGCAAUGGGUUUAAGUUUGACAGGCCAGCCUCUCCGGGGGUGGUCCGGCCCAAAGGGAUUGUGGGAAAGGAGGAGGCUUUACGUAUGGAGUUAGAGGCCUUGGAUAAAAUCAAGCGUGAGAAAAGGCACACACUACCAGCCACAGCGCCUUCUGUUAAUCCCCUUCCCAAUCCAUCAGCGCAAACAUCCACUAGCCGGCAAGAGAAAGACCUCAUUGUGUUCUCUGAAUCAGAAACACAGAAGAAAGAACAAAAAGACAAAUUUGAGGAUAUCGAUUUAGAGAAGCUGACCAAGGAGGAGCUGGAAAAGCUGCUUCUGGAUGACAGUUUUGGCGUCAACAAAAUGACAAGACCUUCCUCUUUGCUAGGUUGCAAUCUCAGCGCGUCUUAUCCUGGAGGACAUGUAUUCAACCCUUCUUCUUUCCACUGGACGCCCACCCCAACACACGCACAGACUCCAAUCUUCCCCUCUGCUCCCUUCCCGAAGCCUCCAUGCUCUUUCCAGAAUGGUUUUAGUCCAGCUUUGUCUCCCUUUAUUAGUCUGCCGGCCCAACCAACCCCCUUCCUCUCCUUUACAUCAAUCCAACCACCUGCUGCUCUGGUCUACCCACAGCCUGCCGUCACCCCAGAGAUGGCCAAGCUGUUUGACAAGAUUGCCAGCACUUCGGAAUACUUGAAGAACGGCAGGUCCUCCAGCAUGGAAACUGAAUCGGGAAGUGUCAAGUCCCUGGAGCCCAUGCCUCAACCCUCAGAACCUCCCAACAUCAGCCGUUUUGAGUGGCUGGACCUGGACCCGCUCAACAAGCGCAAGGAGGUCGAGGUAGAGGAGACGCCCACUGUAUCAAGUGGACCUUUCGUAGAGGAGUCUGGGACUGCUAAAGACCCAUGGGAUGCAGUUCUUCUGGAUGAACCUGAAGUUGUGGAUAAUGGCAGUCCCUCAGCACAGGUGAAGAGCAAGGUGACUUUAGCCACCCAACCCAGAAGAGCAUCAACAGGGGCGGCUGUAACAAGAAGCCAGUCCCUCAACAUACCUGUUCCCUCAACGGAUCACAGCUCAGGCAAACAGGUCAAUAAAGGAAGUACAAAUGUACUUUCAGAGUACUCCGUCUUAGAGGAAAAGGAAGCCCAAAAUCUAGAAGUCGUAGCAUUCUGUGAAGACAUUUCAAAACUGAGGUCAGAUUUCCCACAUGAAGACCUGUCUACCAAUCCUGGCUAUGUUCUCAGCCCUGUGAUCACUCAGAGGGAUACAGGAGGGGACAAUGGGGGCAGUGUGAAAGUAUCCAUUGAGAUUUCUGAUUCUCAACAGCCUGUAACUUUCACUUGUGAUGUGAGUUCUCCAGUGGACCUGCUCAUAAUGCAGGCUUUGUGUUGGGUCCACGAUGACCUGAACCAGGUGGACAUCAGCAGCUACGUUCUCAAGGUCUGUGGACAAGAGGAGGUUCUACAGAAUAAACAUAGUCUGGGCAGUCAUGAGUACGUGCAGAACUGCAGGAAGUGGGAAACGGAGAUCAAACUACAGCUCCUUUUUCUUAGCACAAUGAGAAGAGAUCUGGCCCGAACGGCAGAAGAUGACAUUUACCCUAUUGUCUUGGAGAAAUACCUUGGCCUAGUGGAGAGGCCGUUUAAAGAGUCAGUCACAAGAGAGGGUCUUACUGAAUACCUUGAAGGAUAUCAUAAGCAGGUCAAUCUCUGCCUUCAGAAUGAGAGCACCCAGUAUAAAACAGUGGACAAUGUGGUUCAGUCUGUUAAAAAUCUGUGCUGUGCUCUGGAUGAAGUUGAGACACCAGCCAUCAGUGACGCCAUCAAGAAGCUCAAACGCUCUGUCAACCUUCCUAGAACACGUUCUCCAGAGGCUGGUGCCACGGGUUCAGCUUCUACAGGUUCAGCUAAUGGGUAUGCUAGCCCAGUGGAGGAGAGUUUAGCUGGUCUCACAGAUGUGGUGUAUGAGCUCACCAAGCUCUACCUGAGGUCUUUCUGUCCAACUACUCCUGGCUGCACGAUGGAAGAGCUCAUGGAGGACAGGAGGGACAGCAAAGAAGCCUCGGGCACCACGGAGCACCUGCAGUUCACUCUGUUUGCCGUUCAUGGUAUUCCUGCUACCUGGGUCAGCAGCUUUGAAAAAUACUACCUGAUGUGUGCCCUGACCCACAACAACAGGAAUCUCUUCAAGCCUGUCCAGUCCAAAAAAGUGGGAACAUACAAGAGUUUUUUCUACCACAUCAAAUGGGAUGAAUUGAUAAAUUUCCCCAUUUCAGUGGCGCUGUUACCACUGGAGGCCGUGCUGAGUCUUUCUCUCUACGGGGUUCUCAACCAGAAUGCGAACAACUCGCCAGAUUCCAACAAGCAACGGAAGGGUCCAGAGCUUUUGGGAAAAGUGUCCAUGCCUCUGUUUGAUUUCAGAAGGGUGCUGUCAAGAGGUAGCAAGCUGCUAAGUUUGUGGACAUCUCCUCAAGUCCUUCAGCCUGGCGCUGCAGGCAAGGGGAAGAAUCCUUCAGAACGGAUCAUACUGCAGGUUGACUUCCCCAGUCCAGCGGUGGACGUACUCUAUGUUGGUCCUCAGGAGAACGGCUGCCCAGACCCUCAAUCUCUAGAUCCACUUGAUCCAGGAGAUCGAAGUGAUAUAGAAAAGCUGUGUGCAGAAGCAUCUACUUUUGGGCUGUCACGAGCAGACAAGCAGCUGCUCUGGGACCAGCGCUACUAUUGUCGGGGCUAUCAGUACAGCCUGCCCAAAAUCUUAGCCAGUGCACCCAGCUGGGACUGGGGCAGUAUGGGUGAGAUCCACUCACUUCUGCACCAUUGGCCCCCUCUGUCGCCUGUUUCAGCCCUGGAGCUCCUUGAUUCAAAGUUCGCUGACACAGAGGUGAGGAAAGUGGCCGUGAGCUGGAUCGAGAGCAGCAGUGAUGAUGAGCUGGCUGACUAUCUCCCUCAGCUGGUGCAGGCAGUGAAGUUCGAGUGUCACCUCAACAAUGCCUUGGUGAUAUUUCUGCUGUCUCGAGCUCUGGGAAAUGUCAACAUUGCACAUUAUCUUUACUGGCUGCUGAGGGAUGCCGUGCAGGACCCAGCGUUUGGUCAGCGUUAUGACCGCAUCCUUGGUGCGCUGCUGUGUCUGUGUGGGACUGGACUGAGGGCUGAGCUUGAGAAGCAGACCAGGCUUGUGCAGCUGCUGGGUGCUCUGGCCGAAAAAGUACGGCAGGCAAGCAGCUCAACCCGACAGAUGCUGCUUCUGGAGGGUCUCGAGAGGGUACAGUCUUUCUUCCAGAAGAACAGCUGUCGACUCCCUAUUACUCCCAGUCUGGUGGCAAAAGAACUCAAUAUCAAGGCCUGCUCUUUCUUCAAUUCCAACGCUGUACCUCUGAAGAUUGCACUGGUUAACGCAGACCCGCUGGGAGACGAGAUUAACGUCAUGUUUAAGGUUGGAGAGGAUCUGAGGCAGGACAUGUUGGCACUGCAGAUGAUUCGGAUUAUGGAUCGGAUCUGGCUGCAGGAGGGACUGGACCUGCGCAUUGUCAACUUCAAAUGCAUCUCUACUGGAAAAGAUAAAGGUAUGGUAGAGUUGGUCCCAUCUUCUGAAACACUGAGGAAGAUUCAGGUGGAGUACGGAGUGACGGGCUCCUUCAAGGACAAACCUCUCGCCGAGUGGCUCCGCAAGUAUAACCCUGCUGAGGAUGAAUAUGAGAAGGCCUCAGAGAAUUUCAUCUACACCUGCGCAGGAUGCUGCGUGGCCACUUACAUCCUAGGCAUUUGUGACCGUCACAACGAUAACAUCAUGUUGCGCUCCACCGGCCACAUGUUCCACAUAGACUUUGGGAAGUUCCUGGGUCACGCACAAAUGAUUGGGAGUUUUAAAAGGGACCGAGCACCUUUUGUCUUAACUUCUGAUAUGGCUUACGUCAUUAAUGGAGGCGAGAGACCCACUAGCCGCUUCCAGCUUUUCGUUGACCUUUGCUCUCAAGCCUACAACCUGAUACGCAAACACUCCAACCUCUUCCUCAACCUGCUGUCUCUGAUGACACAGUCAGGUUUACCUGAGCUGACUGGAGUCCAAGAUCUUAAAUAUGUGUAUGAUGCUCUUCAACCUCAGACUACAGAUGCAGAAGCUACCAUUUUCUUCACAAGGUUGAUUGAAUCCAGUCUGGGCAGUGUGGCCACAAAGUUUAAUUUCUUUAUCCAUAAUCUGGCCCAGUUGCGAUUCUCUGGGCUUCCCUCCAAUGACGAGCCAAUCCUCUCCUUCGCUCCCCGGACGUACACUAUGAAGCAGGACGGCAGGAUUCGAGAUGCCUCUGUAUUUUCAUUUCAGAAGAGAUACAAUCCAGACAAGCACUAUACGUAUGCUAUACGGAUCCUUAGGGAAGGUCAGAAUGAGCCGCAGUUUGUCUUCCGCACCUUUGAUGAGUUCCAGGAACUGCACAACAAGUUGACCAUCCUUUUCCCUCUGUGGAAGUUGCCGGGAUUUCCCAGUAAAAUGGUGCUGGGACGCACACAUAUCAAGGAUGUGGCAUCCAAAAGGAAGGUGGAAUUGAGCAGCUAUGUGCACAAUCUGAUGAGGAGCUCAACAGAAGUCACUCAGUGUGAUCUUAUCUACACUUUCUUCCACCCUAUUGCGAGAGAUGACAAAACCGAGGGGGUUGAAGGACUCUCUAAAACUCCAGAUAUGCCUCCGUUGAGUCCCACCACUGGCCGCGUGGAGGGUGAGGUGAAGCUGUCAGUGUCCUACCGAAACAGCACGCUCUUCAUCAUGGUCAUGCACAUUAAAGACCUGAUAUCAAAUGACGGUGCAGACCCAAACCCUUAUGUGAAAACAUACCUUCUCCCAGACCCCCACAAAACCUCCAAACGCAAAACAAAGAUCGCCAGGAAAACCAGGAAUCCGACAUUUAAUGAAAUGCUGGUGUACAGUGGCUACAGUAAGGAAACCCUGAAACAAAGGGAACUUCAACUGAGCGUGCUCAGUGCAGAGUCUCUGCGAGAGAACUGCUAUUUGGGUGGCAUCACCCUCAGCCUUAAAGACUUUGACCUGAGCAGAGAGACUGUCAAGUGGUACAAGCUCACAAUGGUGCCCUACUUUUAGAUCCAACGAUUACUCCCCACCAGUCUUCCACAAAAGGUGAUGAGACUGCAUCAAGUGCCCUUACAGGACCACUUCACAUUCCCCCCCAGCAUCCCUCUCUCUCUCACUCUCUCUCUCUAUGACACUAAUCAAGGUUGAGCCUUUGUUGAAAGAAUCAAUCCACCUAACUUGAUGUGUGAAUUCAACAUUUGUGUUCUGUACAUUUGGAACUUAAAAGGACCAAACGGCUUACUUAAAGAAGAGUUUAUAUUAUUAUAUAUAUACAUAUAUAUAUAUAUAUAUAAGAAUAUAUAUAGAGAGAUUGACACUUGUAUUUUUAAAACUGCUCAUUUUUACACUUUCCUUUUCUACAUAUGCAAAUAAGAAACAUUAAAAGUCUGUAUGGUUUUCAGCUAUCAAAACAAGCACAGCAGAGUUCACUGUGCUUUUGAUAAUGUGCCAAAUGAACUGAACAAACUCAUGACCACGUCCCUUUAGGGAACAAUAACAGGGUGCCUUUACACGCUCUCCUUUCAUUUUCGCUUUUCUCAGUACAUUUGUGGUUUAAAAAAGGCCCUGUUUUGUAAGAUAAUGUAGUAUGUACUUCCCAUGGUGUGAUCAGAGUUGCUCAAGCUGUUUUUUUUUUUUUUUUUUUUAAUCCACCAAUGAAUUUGUAUAACGAACCCUCUUUAAAAAGGGAACAGCACCUGUGGCUAAAAGCUACUGCCAGAGCUCAGUUGAAUCAUAAUCUAUGAGUUUACCAGGAGGCAUUUUUAAAAAGAUGUACAAGAUUGUCAUCACUCACUCUGCAAAUAGUGAUCUGAUUCGCUGUUUUAUGACUGAUAAAAAUACAUUUUGAAUGGAUAUUAACAUGGCCAGUUAUUUAUUGGUUUUCUUAACCUGACCGAAUCAAUGUUUGCUGUAAUUCUGUCUCUCUCUUAAGGAAAAUUAAAUGUUUUUGAACACC